CACCCGCCGCUUCGGAGCGGCAUUGUUUGCUAUGUAGGGACCUUGAGGCGGGGGCGCAGAUCCAGAGGCCGCAGCGCGCCUCCUCCUGAGUUGGGGUGGUGGUGGUGUCCCGGAGGCUGUAGCUGCAGGAGGAGGACCCAGUCCAAGGCCCCCAGGGGGGGCCCCUCGCGGGCGGGAUGUUCUCCAAGAAGCCCCACGGCGAUGUGCGGAAAUCUACACAGAAGGUGCUGGACACCCGCAAGGACCCGCUCACCCGCCUCAAGCACCUGCGCGUCGUUAUCGAAAAUGCAGAGUCUAUAGACCUUAAGCAGCUCUUUGACCUACACUUUUCACACAUAUAUUAUGUGUUCUUUGAAAAUUUUGUGACUAUUGAAAUAAGUCUCAAGCAGAAAGGGCACAAGUCACAGAGAGAAGAACUAGAUGCUAUACUUUUUAUUUUUGAGAAAAUUUUACAACUUCUUCCAGAAAGAAUUCAUCAAAGAUGGCAAUUUCACAGUAUUGGCUUAAUUUUAAAGAAAUUACUUCACACAGGGAACUCUUUAAAGAUUCGUCGUGAAGGUGUACGUCUUUUCCUCUUAUGGUUGCAAGCCCUUCAAAAUAAUUGUAGUAAAGAGCAACUGUGUAUGUUUUCUUGUUUAAUUCCUGGAUUUCCACCACCACAGUCUGAAUAUGGACCUCGAACUCUAGAUAAUCUAAUAAAUCCUGUACUAAAUGUUCAAGAAACACAAGUAACAGUAGAAGAAAUCACUCCACUGGUCCCUCCACAAUCAGGAGAUAAAGGACAGGAUGAUCUAACAAGCUAUUUUUUAGAAGCACUUUUGAAAUACAUGGUGAUUCAGGUAAAAAGUCUGGAAUGGAAGAACAAAGAAAACCAAGAAAAGGGAUUUUCAUUCUUAUUUUCACAUUUUAAGAAAUAUUAUUUGCCUUAUAUUUUCCCAAACAUGUGCAAGGAAAGCAGCUUAUAUAACCCUAUACUUGAGAUGCCACAAAUGAGACCAAAGCCACAUUAUAUCAUGAUAAAGAAAGAUGCUGAAACCAAUGAAGCAAUAUAUUGCACAAAGGAACCUUUUCUUAAGGCUCGCGUAAUUGUCAUCCGGUGGUUGGUGUCUUUCUGGCUUGAGCCAAAACCUCAUGCAGGACCUCAAAUUCCUGGAAUGGAGGGUGAAAUCGUGCCAAAGAAUAUUCAGAGGGCAGCUGCUAGCCUGGUUUCUAGAGAAGAUAGCAAAAACGACAGUACUGAUAGACCUGAUAGAAGUGCAGAGCCUGAACAAUCUCAUUCUAACACAAGCACUCUAACAGAGAGAGAACCUAGUUCCUCCAGCCUUUGCAGUAUUGAUGAAGAACAUCUCACCGACAUUGAAAUAGUCCGCAAAGUUUUUUCUUCUAAGAGAAGUAACGUUAACUUUCUUACAGAAAUCUUUCGUCAGGCAUUUUUACUGCCAGUAUGUGAAGCAGCAGCUAUGAGGAAAGUGGUGAAAGUGUAUCAGGAGUGGAUCCAACAAGAGGAGAAGCCCUUAUUUAUGAAAGAUCCAGAAGAAAUAGUGUCCUCUUCAAACACAGAUUGUGAUGAAAACAUGGUGGAACAUAAUUCAUUGGAGAAGGGGAAUGAAUUAGAGGAGGAAACUAUGAAUAAUUCUGGUCCUGUGCGAAAUUCAAGUUGGACUAGAAAUGACUGCUAUCAGGAUGCUCCCCAUAAAAUAUCUGACUUGGAUGCCAUUGAACAAGGUAUACAAGCUGGAGUGCAAGCAGUACUACAAGUUUUUAUAAUAAAUUCCUCAAAUAUAUUUCUACUUGAACCAGCAAAUGAGAUAAAAACUCUGUUGGAUGAACAUACUGAUAUGUGUAAGCGCAUUCUGAAUAUCUACCGACACAUGGUGGUGCAAGUAACCAUGGACAAGAAGACUUGGGAACAGAUGCUGCUUGUGUUGCUUAGGGUCACAGAAUCAGUUUUGAAAAUACCAUCUCACAUUUUUCUGCAAUAUCAAGGAAGAAAGAAUUCAACUUUAGCAGGAAGACUUGCUGGUCCUCUUUUCCAGACCCUUAUAGUAGCUUGGAUCAAAGCAAAUCUAAAUGUGUACAUCUCUCGAGAACUUUGGGAUGACCUGUUGUCAGUAUUGUCAUCGUUGACUUAUUGGGAAGAGCUGGCCACUGAGUGGUCCCUAACUAUGGAGACUCUAACAAAAGUAUUAGCUAGAAAUUUAUACAGCUUGGAUCUCAGUGAUUUGCCAUUGGAUAAAUUAAGUGAGCAGAAACAAAAGAAGCAUAAAGGCAAAGGUGUUGGACAUGAGUUUCAAAAGGCAUCUGUUGAUAAAUCAUUUUCAAGAGGCUGGAGCCGUGAUCAGCCAGGCCAGGCCCCAAUGAGGCAGCGCAGUGCAACCACAACUGGAUCUCCAGGAACAGAAAAGGCCAGAAGCAUAGUACGACAAAAAACAGUUGCCAUGAGAAGCCGAUCCAUUGGUGAAUGUGCUCUGCCAUCGGCCUAUAUUCGCAGUGCUAAAAGUGCUCCUGUUCUGAUCCAUACUUCCAAACCCUUCUUGCCUGAUAUUGUUCUCACUCCCCUUUCUGAUGAGCUUUCAGACAUGGAUGAUGCUCAAAUCCUCCCACGUCCAUCUCGAGUCAGACAUUUUUCACAAAGUGAGGAAACACCCAGUGAAGUUUUUGAUGUGCUGAAUGAAGAACAGCCACUACCACGAAGUAGCAGCACAUCUGACAUCCUGGAACCAUUCACAGUUGAACGAGUCAAAGCCAAUAGAGAGGAUAUGAGCCAAAAGCAGAACCCUCUGGGUAGUGAUAAUGGGAAUAGUAAUACAAAUAUUCCUGAUCUCAUGGAUGAGUUUAUAGCAGAAAGACUGCGCAGUGGUAGUGCUUUGAAUGUGACGAGAAGAGGGAGCAGUCCAGGAAGCCUAGAAGUUCCAAAGGACCUUCCUGACAUACUAAACAAGCAGAGUCAAAUGCGGCCCGCUGAUGACCCAGGAGUGCCUUCUGAAUGGACAUCUCCAGCCAGUGCAGGCAGCAGUGACCUUGUCAGUUCAGAUAGCCAUUCGGACUCCUUCAGCGCAUUCCAGUAUGAUGGCCACAAGUUUGAAAAUUUCAGUUUUGCUCCUGAGGGUGGCACAGCAGCUUCUGUGGAGUCUGAUGCAGGUUCAGGACCUCAGCAAAGUGCUGAAGAACAGGAAGUGGCUAGUCUGACAACACUUCACAUCGAUUCUGAAACCAGCAGUCUCAAUCAGCAACCAUUGUCUGCUGAAGUAGCAACUGUUACUGGUUCCGAAAGUGCUUCACCUAUCCAGUCUGCUCUUGGAUCACGGUCCCAGACGCCAUCGCCUGCUACUCUGAGUGCAGAUCACAAUGAACAGAAAGAUCUACAGCUGGAUGAGAAGCUCCAUCACUCCGUUUUACAGACUCCAGAUGACCUAG